UCUGUGAGGGAGCCCCUCCCUGCCGGAGACCAUUGCUGCCGUGCUGCUGCGGUGUCUGUACCAGGCCUCCUCCGAUCUCCCCGAUGUCCCCGCACAUCCCGCAGCCUCCCCGCUCUGAGCCCCGUGGGCCCAGCUCCCGCCGCCAGCACUAGCGUCACACGGAGCCAAUGCCCACGGAAGAGCGGCCUGCCUGAGCCAGCACCACGGAUUCCUGUGCCCGUCGCCUGCAGCUGGACGCCAUGUCCACCAAAGCAGAGCAGUUUGCCUCCAAGAUACGAUACCUACAUGAGUACCACCACCGUGUUAUCCACAAUACUUACCCAGUGCCGACAGGGACGGACAUAGCCAACACUCUAAAGUAUUUCUCCCAGACAUUGUUAAGCAUUUUGUCCCGGUCAGGCAAGAAGGAAAAUCAAGAUGCCUCCAAUUUGACAGUGCCUAUGACUAUGUGUCUUUUUCCUGUGCCAUUCCCACUCACCCCAUCUCUAAGACCGCAGGUCAGUUCCAUCAACCCUACUGUUACUCGCUCCCUCCUUUACAGCGUCCUGCGAGAUUCUCCAUCAGAACGGGGCCAACAAAACCGUGAUGCUCAAUUAUCAGAGUACCCUUCAUUGGACUAUCAGGGGCUAUAUGUGACUUUGGUGACCUUGUUGGAUCUAGUCCCUUUGCUUCAACAUGGCCAACACGAUCUGGGACAAUCUAUAUUUUAUACAACCGCAUGUCUGUUACCGUUUCUGAGUGACGAUAUAUUAAGCACAUUGCCAUAUACUAUGAUCUCUACGCUGGCCACAUUCCCUCCUUUCCUACACAAGGACAUCACCGAGUAUCUCAGUACAUCCUUCUUACCCAUGGCCAUACUGGGCUCUAGCCGGCGAGAGGGCGGAGUUCCCGCUCAUGUCAAUCUGUCCGCCUCCUCGAUGCUUAUGAUCGCAAUGCAGUAUACAUCAAAUCCAGUGUAUCACUGUCAGCUGCUGGAGUGUCUGAUGAAGUACAAACAGGAGGUGUGGAAAGAUUUGCUUUAUGUUAUCGCCUAUGGACCCUCCCAGGUGAAGGCACCAGCUGUACAGAUGCUGUUUCAUUAUUGGCCUAAUUUAAAACCUCCGGGUGCAAUCAGUGAGUACCGCGGGCUGCAGUACACAGCUUGGAAUCCCAUCCACUGCCAGCAUAUUGAGUGCCAUAAUGCCAUCAACAAGCCUGCGGUGAAGAUGUGUAUAGACGCGGCUCUAUCUGUGGCACUGGGGGACAAGCCACCCCCACUAUACCUCUGUGAGGAGUGCAGCCAGAGGAUCACCGGGGAUCACAGCGAAUGGCUAAUAGAUGUUCUUCUGCCACAAGCUGAGAUUUCAGCCAUAUGUCAGAAAAAGAACUGCAGCUCGCAUGUAAGGAGAGCUGUAGUGACAUGCUUCUCUGCGGGGUGCUGUGAUCGCCACGGAAACCGGCCUGUGCGAUACUGCAAACGCUGUCACUCCUAUCACCAUAGCAACGAGGUUGGCGCAGCAUCCUCAGCCGAGUCCCACUUGUUCCAGACCUCCCCGCCUCCUAUCAACACGCGGGAGUGUGGUGCAGAGGAGCUGGUGUGUGCCGUGGAAGCAGUAAUUAGCUUACUUAAGGAAGCCGAGUAUCAUGCGGAGCAGCGGGAGUGCGAGAUGAACCGCAGGAGGCAGAUGGGCUUGGCCUCGUCACAUCACUCGUUAGACAACACUGACUUUGAUAACAAAGAUGACGAUAAACAUGAUCAGCGUCUGCUGAGUCAGUUUGGAAUCUGGUUUCUGGUCAGCCUCUGCACUCCUAGCGAAAACACGCCGACGGAGAGUCUGGCUCGAUUGGUCAGCAUGGUUUUCCAGUGGUUUCAUUCUACAGCCUACAUGAUGGACGAUGAAGUUGGCAGUUUGGUCGAGAAGCUCAAACCCCAGUUUGUCACCAAGUGGCUGAAAACAGUUUGUGACAUCCGCUUUGAUGUCAUGGUGAUGUGCCUGCUACCAAAACCUAUGGAGUUUGCCAGGGUUGGUGGAUAUUGGGACAAGUCAUGCAGUACAGUCACCCAGCUGAAGGAAGGUCUCAAUAGAAUUCUGUGCCUUAUCCCUUAUAAUGUAAUAAACCAGCCCAUCUGGGAGUGUAUCAUGCCGGAGUGGCUGGAGGCCAUUAGGACGGAAGUGCCAGACGCUCAGCUAAAAGAAUUCCGGGAGGUCCUCAGUAAAAUGUUUGAUAUUGAGAUGUGCCCUCUGCCGUUCUCUAUGGAGGAGAUGUUCAGUUUCAUCAGCUGCCGAUUCACCGGAUACCCAUCUUCUGUCCAGGAACAGGCGCUGCUGUGGCUGCAUGUCCUGUCAGAGCUGGAUAUAGUGGUCCCUCUCCAGCUGCUGAUCAGCAUGUUUUCUGAUGGAGUGAACUCGGUUAAGGAGUUGGCCAAUCAGAAGAAAGUGCGGGUCACAGAACUUUCAGGAAAUGUCCCCAGUCACAGGGGCAGCAUUGCAUCAGAUCCGGGGCGACGUGUUUUGCACAGUAUGCUGAGCCCUUUCCCUAGUCCCUUUCAUAGUCCUUUCCGCAGCCCCAUGCGCAGCCCUUUCCGGAGUCCCUUUAAGAACUACAGCCAUCCUGCUGGCAGAACCAUUGACUUCGACUGCGAUGACGACGAGAUGAAUCUGAACUGUUUCAUCCUUAUGUUUGAUCUCAUCCUGAAGCAGAUGGAAUUGCAGGAUGAUGGAAUCACCCUGGGACUAGAGAACAGUCUGCCCAAGGACAUCAUAUCUAUCAUAAACAACGUGUUCCAGGCCCCCUGGGGUGGAUCUCACACCUGCCAGAAGGAUGAGAAAGCCGUGGAGUGUGGCCUGUGUCAGUCCAGCAUCUUGUGUUAUCAGAUGGCCUGUGAGUUGCUGGAACGCUUGGCUCCGAAGGCGGAGAUCCGACUGGUGGAGCCUACAGAUAGUCUGGAAGAGAGCCUGCUGUUUUCAAGGGCAGAAUUUAUCAUUGGGGCAGAAGGGGAAGAGGAAGAGAAUCCAGCAAACAAACAUGGAGAUAAUCCAGGAACCCACAAGGAACCAACGGAACCUUCCAACACAACUGUCAAAAACGAUACAGAUCAUAAAUUUUGUUACCAGCAACUUCCUGUGACCCUAAAACUGAUCUACACUAUUCUUCAGGAAAUGGCAAGGUUCGAUGAGCCGGACAUACUGUUCAAUAUGCUGAACUGUCUGAAGAUACUGUGCCUUCAUGGGGAGUGUCUGUACAUUGCCAAGAAGGAUCACCUACCCUUCCUAGCGUACAUUCAAGAGCACAUGCUGAUCUCCAGCUUGUGGCGGGUUCUGAAGUCGGAAUUCUCCCAGCUGUCAUCCUUGGGGGUGCCGCUGCUCCUCCAUGCCCUGUCUCUUCCGUACGGAGCGGAUAUUUUCUGGACAAUCAUAAACAGCAACUUCAACAGCAAAGACUGGAAGAUGAGGUUUGAAGCAGUGGAGAAAGUAGCAGUGCUGUGCCGGUUUCUGGACAUUCAUUCAGUCACAAAGAACCAUUUGUUGAAGUAUUCUCUGGCUCAUGCUUUCUGCUGCUUCCUGACUGCUGUGGAGGACGUGAACCCUGCUGUAGCCACAAGAGCAGGGCUGUUACUCGACACCAUUAAGAGACCCGCUUUACAGGGUCUGUGCCUUUGCCUGGAUUUCCAGUUUGACACCGUUGUGAAAGAUCGGCCGACUAUCCUCAGCAAACUCCUCCUCCUCCACUUCCUGAAGCAGGACAUUCCAGCGCUGAGCUGGGAGUUCUUCGUGAACAGAUUUGACACUCUGUCCCUAGAGGCCCAACUGCACCUGGACUGCAACAAGGAGUUCCCAUUCCCUACAACGAUCACAGCUGUGAGGACAAAUGUGGCCAAUCUCAGUGACGCCGCUCUGUGGAAGAUCAAAAGAGCGCGGUUUGCACGCAAUCGUCAGAAAAGCGUGCGGUCACUGCGAGACAGCGUCAAGGGCGCAGGAGAAUCCAAGAGGGCCCUCUCACUGCCAGAGACUCUCAGCACCAAAAUCCCUGUCAGGCUAACAAGACACGAGCAGUCAGCACCAGCACUUGGGGGCACGGCGGAGCAAACACAGGGUCAGCAAUCCCCAGAAAAUGACAACAUGAUCAAGGACCCUCUGCCGGAGGAUGCUGGGAUUGAUCACCAGACUGUGCAUCAGUUAAUCACCGUCCUCAUGAAGUUUAUGGGCAAAGACAAGAGCAGCGCAGAGACUGACAUCAGCAGCGCCAAAGCUUUCAACACUGUGAAACGUCAUCUGUACGUGUUGCUCGGGUUCGAUCAGCAGGAAGGCUGCUUCAUGAUCGCGCCGCAAAAAAUGCGCAUGUCCACGUGUUUCAACGCAUUUAUCGCAGGUGUAGCUCAGGUGAUGGAUUAUAACAUUAAUCUGGGGAAGCAUCUGCUGCCACUCGUGGUACAAGUAUUAAAAUACUGCACCUGCCCCCAACUGCGACACUUCUUCCAGCAACCGCCCCGCUGUUCGCUCUGGUCUCUGAGACCGCACAUCCGGCAAAUGUGGCUGAAAGCUCUUCUCGUCAUCCUCUACAAGUAUCCAUACCGAGAAGCUGAUCUUGGCAAGAUUGUGUUGCAUUUGAUCCAUAUUACAGUAAACACCCUGAACGCCCAGUAUCACAGCUGCAAGCCGCACGCUACUGCCGGACCCCUGUACAGUGACAACAGUAAUAUAAGCAGAUACAGCGAGAAGGAGAAAGAGGAAGACAGUGUGUUUGAUGAGUCUGACAUACAUGAUACACCAACGGGAGCCGGGAACAAGGAGUCCCAAACCUUCUUUGCACGGCUGAAGAGGAUAGGGGGGAGCAAGAUCGUGAAAUACCAACCAGUGGAGAUGAGCGCCCAGAGAAGUGAAAUUGAGCUGGCGGAAUACAGAGAGUCCGGGGACAGCAUUCUGCGCUGUGUGAGAGAGGACACUAUACAGAAGAGAAAGCUACGCUCCCUCAAGCAGAAGUCCCUGGACAUUGGCAAUACGGACUCGCUGCUGUUCACUUUGGAUGAACACCGGAGAAAGUCCUGCAUUGAUCGAUGUGACAUCAGCCACUCCAACACCCAGAAGAUGAACGACUGCCGCCGCUCGAGACAGAACUCCUCCAGCAGGGCUGAUAACAUAGAUGCCAGUGACAAUCCAUCUGAAAGGGAGAGCUGUCACGAGGUCAGGAGGCCUGUCAUACCAGAGGUGAGGUUGAGCUGCAUGGAGACAUUCGAGGUCAAGGUAGAUUCCCCAGUCAAGCCGCCUUCACCAAGAGAAGACCUAGAUCUUAUAGACUUGUCUUCAGACUCAACCUCAGGGCCAGAAAAACAAUCUAUUUUAUCCACCUCAGACAGUGACUCUUUAGUGUUUGAGCCGCUCCCGCCCUUAAGGAUAGUUGAAAGCGACGACGAAGAAUUCCAGCUCAUAAAUAGUGGAUCCAUUGUGGUUUCAGCUUCUUCAACGCCCAUCAGUGCGUCAGUGCUCAGCCUCAGUAUGACGCCUUUGGUACAAGUGAGUAUAGAGGAUUGCUCUAUAAACUACACUGCCAAGGAUUUCAGAUAUAAUCCAACAUUGCAGGUGGAGGACAUCACUUUCCAAGCUCUAGAAGAUCAAAAAGACUUUGAAGAGUUGUCAAAGCCAGGAGACAUGCAGGAGGUCUCUAGUGGGAGCCCGCUGACUCUCAAGCAGAAGAGAGACCAACUACGCAAGUCCUGCGCUCUUGCCGACAUGUCUGUGGAUGACAACUUCGAAGACACCAUGGAGGAAAGCAAGUCCCCCGUAAAAAGCGUGCUUCUGAACGUUCCGGAGGACACCGAGAACCAACCGGACAUCGAGAAACCUGAUGCCAGUACAGAGUUUGAUCCGGAGCAAAAUGCAGAACAAAAGGAGGAAACUGAGGAGUCUGAGUUCAAAAUACAAAUCGUUCCCAGACAGAGAAAGCAAAGAAAGAUAGCGGUCAGCGCGAUACAGAGAGAGUACCUAGACAUCACCUUCAACAUCCUGGACAAGCUGGGAGAACAGAAAGACUCAGAGGCGGAAUCUAAGGGGCUUUCCAUAUUGGAGAUGCCCAGAGAAUCAUCGUCUGCGCCCACCCUGGAAGCUGGGGUUCCCGAGCCCAUUAGCCGUUCAUCCCUCUCAACACAAUAUAGGCAGAUGAAGAGAGGCUCUUUGGGCGCUGUUACCAUGACCCAGCUCAUGAAGAGGCAGCUUGAACACCAGUCCAGUGCUCCCCACAACAUCGGCACCUGGGAUCCAGAUGAUCCCAAAGCUGCACAUGAAGUCUUGGGGAGCAUUUCCGAGGUUUCCAUGGGAAGGACGAGUAUCCCUUACAUUCAAAUUGGGGCAACAAAGUCCAGUCUACUCUCUGCUCCCAGUAUUGUCAGCAUGUUUGUCCCCGCGCCUGAAGAUUUCUCUGAUGAUCAGCCCACAAUAAUGUCUGACAAGUGUCAUGACUGUGGAGCCAUUUUAGAAGAGUAUGAUGAGGAAACGCUAGGUCUUGCUAUAGUCGUCCUCCUAACAUUCAUUCACCUGAGUCCUGACUUGGCUGCUCCUCUGCUGCUAGAUAUCAUGCAGUCUGUGGGAAGAUUGGCGUGCAGUACAAGUUUCUCAAGCCAAGCAGAAAGCAUGAUGAUUCCGGGGAAUGUGGCUGGGGUGGCAAAGCAAUUUCUUCGCUGUGUUUUUCACCAGUUGGCACCCAAUGGCAUUUUCUUGCAGCUGUUCCAGAGCAAUAUCAAAGACAGCAGCUUUUUACGCACCUUAGCGGCGUCUCUCAUGGAUUUCAACGAGCUCAGUUCUUUCGCCGCCCUGAGCCAACUGCUGGAGGGUAUGAAUAACAAGAAGAACUUGCCAGCUGGUGGCACAAUGUUGCGCUGCUUGGAGAACAUUGCUACAUUCAUGGAAGCCUUACCCAUGGACUCCCCCAGUAAUCUGUGGACCACCAUCUGUAACCAGUUCCAGACCUUCUUCACAAAACUGCCUUCUGUUCUUCCACUCAAGUGCACCUUAGACUCCAGUCUGCGGAUAAUGAUUUGUCUUUUGAAGAUCCCAACAUCUAACGCCACCCGGAGUUUGCUAGAACCAUUCUCCAAGCUCCUGAGUUUUGUCCUUCAGAAUGGGGUGUUCACCCUGGCAUAUCUUGUUGAGCUCUGUGGGCUGUGUUACCGAGCGUUCACCAAGGAAAGAGAUAAGUUCUAUUUGACCCGCAGUGUUAUACUGGAUCUUCUACAAGCUUUGAAAUUGAAAUCUCCUCUGCCGGACACAAACCUCUUGCUGCUAGUCCAGUUUAUUUGCGCAGAUGUUGGAACAAAGUUAGCUGAAUCUACAAUAAUCCAGAAGCAGAUGAUAGCGUCGUUACCUGGGUGUGGCACAGCGGCUAUGGAGUGCACACGGCAGUAUAUUGGCGAGCUCUUGGACUUCAUUGCUGAUAUGCAUACCUUAACCAAGUUGAAGAGCCACAUGAAGACCUGCUCCCAACCCUUGCAUGAGGACACCUUCGGUGGCCACCUUAAAGUUGGACUCGCCCAGAUUGCGUCUAUGGAGAUAACACGAGGAAAUCACAGAGACAAUAAAGCUGUCAUUCGGUAUCUGCCAUGGCUGUAUCACCCACCUUCAGCCAUGCAACAGGGCCCCAAAGAGUUUAUCGAAUGUGUGACUCACAUCCGCCUGUUGUCGUGGCUUCUGCUGGGGUCCCUCACUCAUGGAGUGGUCUGCUUAAACUCCCCCUCAGCAUGUAUGCCCAUUCCUCUCGACGCUGGCUCACAUGUUGCUGAUCACCUCAUUGUAAUUCUUAUUGGUUUCCCUGAACAAUCAAAGACCUCAGUGCUGCACAUGUGUUCCCUCUUCCACGCCUUCAUUUUUGCCCAGCUGUGGACUGUGUACUGCGAGCAAGCAGCCAUUGCGCCUACCAUGCAGAACCAGAAUGAAUUCUGCUUCACUGCCAUACUUACAGCUCUAGAGUUCUGGAGCCGGGUCACUCCUAGCAUCUUGCAGCUAAUGGCGCAUAAUACUGUGAUGGUGGAGAUGGUCUGCCUGCAUCUGAUCAGCUUGAUGGAGGCGCUGCAGGAGUGCAAUUCCACAGUCUUUGUGAAACUUAUACCAAUGUGGCUUCCCAUGAUCCAGUCAAACAUAAAACAUUUGUCAGCGGGUCUACAGCUGCGCCUACAGGCGAUACAGAACAAUGCAAACCAGCAGAACCUGCGGAUGCUACAGGGAUCGGCACAGAUGAGCCACAACUCAGGGGUACUGCGGAAGUGGUUGCAGUGCACCCAGUUCAAGAUGGCACAGGUGGAGAUCCAGUCCUCUGAAGCCGCAUCUCAGUUUUACCCUUUGUGACCUUUUGGAAACAGAACACAGUGGGUCCCGCUUAUACCCGUAAUGGUGAAGACUCUUCGGGCUCUUUAAUGUUUUCUUUGUCGAAACGCUAGACCUGAAUGAUGAUCGGUGGUGUUAAAGCCAAAUUGCUAAAGGUUGAGAGUCAAUACUAACAUAUUUUUCUAUUUCCAUUGGUGAAAGAAAACAGGUUUGACAACAAAUGACACUUUUGAAAAAUACCAAAUAAGUGCAGUUUUAUUUCCUCUAUAAUGUUUCAGUGGAAGAAAGCCGUGGAUGUCAUGCAGUCUCUUCAUAGUAAUUGCUCAAAGGGAGAGCAGCCUAAAAUAACUGUCACUUAAGCAUUUACCACCGCAGCCAAAAUAUUAUAUAUAUAUUUAUAUAUAUAUAUAUAUAUAUAUAUAUAUAAAAAAUAUAUAUAUAUAUAUAUAUAUACAUUUUUUUAAAUAUAUAUUUAUAAUUAACAAUGCAAUGCCUAGGUGCAAUUAGUUGCUUUAACGUUUAAUCCAUUUUUAUUGUUAUUAUACCUCUCUGGCAUGUAUAUAAUUGGUGAAAGGUUCUAUUUUAUUUAUUUUAUUAUACUGUGUUCUAAGAAAUUUGAUACAGAGAUGAGCCUAUAUCUAUAUAUACUUGUUCUAGUUAUGCCGACAGAGCUUCUCAGACAGAUCUAGGUUUUAUGCAGCAAACUAAGUAUCCUAGUGGGUAAUCCAUAUGUGGGUAAUCCAUACAUCUUUAUAUAUAUAUAUAUAUAUAUAUAUAUAUAUAUAGAUAGAUAGAUAGAUAGAUAGAUAGAUAGAAAUACUGUGUGUGUGUGUGUGUGUGUGUGUGUGUGUGUGUGUGUGUGUGUGUGUGUAUAAUUCUUACAUAUCUGAUGGCUGACAUCUUUUAUUUUUUUCUAAUUUACUGCAGUCUGUUUACAGAUACUUUAUUUUUCUUUCGCCCUUAGAUUUGUAGCUAUGCUACCAAACUAGCUUAAUCUAAAAUGAUGUUGUGUUGGUAAAUGCAAACUGUAGGACAUCUGGCUGUUCACACACCAUGGAGGAGGUGACAGAUGAGAUGGUUCAAGUAUAUUAUUCCUGUUGUAAAUCACUUCAGCAAAAUGUGCUUAGCAGAUUAAUCAAGAAGCCACAUAAACAGCCAUGACAAAUGUGAGUAGCGCACAUCGAGAUAUCACAGAAAAAUAAUCUUAAAGUAUUUUGGUUUGAAAUUUAAUAAAAAUAGAUUAUGUCCACCCAGAUCAAUCAGAGAGCUGAAGAAAGUUUUACAUUAACUGAAACAUUGGGUAAAGAACCUGAUUCACACCUUCAAAAUAUGCCCUGCAAUAUACCUGUUAUUCAGGGAAGGUGGGCACAUUAGAUAUAUAUAAAAUAAAUAUAUAUAACAAAAACUUCUUUCUAUUUAUGUAGAUGUAUAUUUGUCAGAGGCGAAGUGACUACAUUGAUAGACUUGGAAGAGUCUUCAUUGCUUCAGUUUUGAGAAGAUGCAGAGAGUAAAUUCAUGCAGACAUUAUAUUGAGAUAGACAGGUAAUUCCUGAGCUCAUUCAUUUUUUAGAUUAGAAUGGGAAAAUGAGAGUUUAUGCUCAAGAUUCUAAUGAUACAGAAAUGUAUUACUAACAUUAUAUUGAGAUUCUAUUGAGAGAAAUAUUUAUUUUCAGGGAUUAAAAAGAGACAGAGGAUGUUUUGCCAAUGUCAUACUGAAAGAGAAAGUUUAUUUUCAAGAUAAUUUUCAGAUAGGACAUUGAGCGUAUAUAUUCAGGUGGAAAAGGUCAUUUAUAAAAACGAAGCGGUACUCCUAGCGGUUUUGUGACAUCACACGCCUAUGUUUUUAUGGUCAACCAUGGAUCUGUAUGGCAAGGCGGUGGCACUACGGAGGCAUAAAAUCAGCAGUAGUUUAUAAAAAUACAUUUAGUUAAAUGAAGGAGGUUGAUUCUGAGCCAGAUUCAUUUUGCAAUGCGUCUUAAUCUGAAUACAUAAUGGGUGGUGAGCAUUAAGACGCACGGAAGGGCUGCGUAUAAUGCAGUGACGUGGGCACGUCCGACUUCUGUGCAAGUCCAGACAGUGCUGAUGAAAGCUGCAGCACAGACUCAAAAUAUAACAGUGGAUGAAAACCAACAAAUACCCACAUAAAUGGACAGAUAGCUUAUGUAGCAUAUGUUAGUCCAGGCUGCCAUGUCUAGACGCAAAUUCCGGCGCAGCUGCCUCUGAUUCAGGAUCAUACGUUAAGAAUUCAAAGCCAAAAUCAGAUAGUUAUCUCCUGGCAUUAUACAUACCCUUCAACUGUACCUUUUUGGCCUGUAUGGUACCGUUUUUUUUACAGUCAGUACCGGUCAUAAAGCGCUUUGUACAAGGUUUUGGUGUCUCUCAAUCCUACUGACUCCUAUGGGAGCGCAGCAAGGACACGCCUCCUUUGCCCAUGGCCACGCCCCCUUCCCUACAGCCGUGUUGGAGUGUAUGCAUUAUAUGGAGAUGGGAAAUUUUUGCUUUAGAUUAAAUUAUAAAAUAUUUUCUCUGACGUCCUAGUGGAUGCUGGGAACUCCGUA